CAGGAUCAGCAGGCAGGAUGUAUGUGGACGUGGUGUGGCUGACAGCUGCGCUUCUCUCUUUUCCCCUGAUCACCUUGUGUGACCCACUGAAUGUGUUGGUGGCCCCAAACCUGCUGCGUAUUGGGACCAAUGAGAAAGUGUUUGUGGAGGCUCAGGAUUAUACUGGAAUUAACCUCAAUGUCAAGAUCAGUGUGAAGUACCAUCGACAUAAAACUAUAGAACUGGCCUCUGUGUCUGUGGUCCUCACUGCUGCUAACAACUAUCAGGCUGUGGCAGACAUAAAAAUUCCUGACAAUAAGGACUUCUUUAGUGAUGAUCCUUUAGAGAAGCAGUAUGUGUACCUGCAGGCUCAGUUUCCCUCUGCCCUGCUUGAGAAAGUGGCCCUGGUCUCCUUCCAGUCUGGCUACAUAUUUGUUCAGACAGACAAGAGCAUCUACACCCCUGGUACAAAAGUUCAGUACAGAAUUUUCUCACUGACUGCUGAUCUGGAGCCUGUUGAACAAAGCAGCGGAAUCUAUGUGGAAAUCAUAAACCCUCAAGGAAUCACAAUUAGCAGGGAAACAAUAUUCCCUAAGCAAGGAACCAUAACAGCAUCAUACAGCAUCCCUGAAGUUGCCAAACCUGGAAUAUGGUCUGUAGUAACGCGGUAUAAAAACACCCCACAGAAGUAUUUCACUGCUGAAUUUGAAGUUAAAGAAUAUGUACUCCCAAGCUUUGCGGUUGCAUUAAAACCAUCCAAGUCUUUCUUCUAUGUGGAUGAUCAGGACCUUCAAGUGGACAUAACCGCCAAAUACCUGUUUGGAAAAGAUGUGGAUGGUGUUGCGUUUGUGGUUUUUGGCAUUAAGAAGGACGACAGUAAGACCACUCUGCCCGCCUCAUUGAAAAGAGAACCAAUCACAAAUGGAGAAGGACAUGCGACUCUGACUAGACAGAUGAUCCAACACACUUUCCCCAAUAUUCAGGAUCUGAUCGGAAGCUCUUUGUACAUUUCUGUCAGCGUUUUAACUGAAACAGGUAGUGAAAUGGUUGAAGCAGAGAAGGGAGCCAUUCAAAUUGUGAAAUCACCCUACACCAUUGACUUCAAGAGGACUCCAAAAUUCUUCCACCCUGGAAUGUCUUUUGAUGUCACGGUUUAUGUAACCAAUCCGGACCAGUCUCCUGCUGAAAAUGUGGACGUGGUGGUCACACCUGGUGAUGUGAAGGGUCGAACCAAGAGUAACGGCAUGGCCAAGGUCAUAGUGAACACUCAGGCAGGAGUCAAAUCACUACAAAUCACUGCAAAAACCACAGCUCCAGGCAUAUUACCUGAAAGACAAGCUGUGAACCAGAUGACAGCCCAGGCUUACACCACCAAAGGAGGCUCCACCAAUUACUUACAUAUAAGUGUAGAUGCUGCAGAACUGGCAAUCGGUGAUCAGAUGAACAUCAAUCUAAACUUCAAAAGUAGUGCCCAAAAUCAAGAUUUCACUUAUCUGAUCCUUAGUAAAGGACAGAUUGUGAAAGGACAGAGGUUUAAAAGACAAGGGCAGUCUCUGGUGACCCUGUCUCUGCCCGUCACCAAGGAACUGGUUCCCUCAUUUCGAGUGGUGGCGUAUUACCAUAUAGGAUCCACUGAGGUUGUGUCAGACUCAGUCUGGGUUGACGUGAAGGACACAUGCAUGGGAACGCUAAAACUGGAUGUAAAAGAAAGUUUAAAUGGAAAAAAAAAUAUAUCUGAGCCCGGUGAUGAGUUUCAUCUCAUAGUUACUGGAGAUCCAAAAGCCAAGGUUGGUCUGGUAGCAGUGGAUAAGGCUGUCUUUGUCCUCAACAAGAACAGACUUACACAGACCAAGAUCUGGGAUGUUAUUGAAAAGCAUGACACUGGCUGUACAGCUGGCAGGGGUAAAGAUGGCAUGGGUGUUUUUUAUGAUGCAGGUCUACUGUUUCAGUCUGAUAAAGCAGGAGGCACCACUGAAAGAACAGCUCCUGAGUGUCCUGCUCCACCAAAGCGAAAACGAAGAGCUGAGACUCUCGUCCAGAUCACGCAAAAGCUGUAUGUUAAAUAUUCCGGUGAACAGAAGCAAUGCUGUGCGGAUGGACUGAAACAGAACAGAUUGGGCUACACAUGUGAACGGAGAGCCUCAUAUAUUUUGGAUGGUGAAGACUGUGUCAAGGCCUUCCUGGACUGUUGUAAUGAGAUCCUAAAACACAAGGACGAGCAGAAAGAAUUGCCGCAUCUUGUCAUCUCCGAUGGUGAUGAUGAUGACUAUAUAAGCUCUGAUCAAAUUGUCACCCGGACACAGUUCCCUGAAAGCUGGCUGUGGGAGGACAUAAACCUGCCGGCCUGCAGAGGAAACCUACCAUGUGAAUCAACAAGCCUCACCUUGGACAAAACAUACCUGAAAGACUCGAUUACUACCUGGCAGAUCCUAGCCAUCAGUCUAUCUAAGAUCCAUGGCAUCUGUGUAUCUGAUCCCUAUGAAAUAACAGUGGCAAAAGACUUCUUUGUGGAGCUCAAGUUACCUUACUCAGCAGUACGCAAUGAACAAGUAGAAAUCAAUGCUAUACUGCAUAAUUUCUCCAAUACAAAACAGAGGGUGCGUGUGGAAUUCUUUGAGACAGAGCAUGUUUGCAGUGCAGCAAGCAAAAAGAAGAAAUACCGUACCAUAGUUACCAUUGAUGCCAUGUCCACCAGAGCCAUCCCAUAUGUGAUUAUUCCUAUGGAAUAUGGGAACCAUCGGAUAGAGGUGCAGGCUGCGAGUGCAACAUUUCAUGAUGGAGUGAGGAGAGCCCUGAAGGUGGUGUCUGAAGGUGUGCUAACUGAACUCCCAGAACAAAAUCUGGAACUAAAUCCAUCUCGCUCACCUGGUGGCGUUCAAGUUCUACAUUUAAAGAGUGAUAUACCAAAUGGGCAGGUUCCAAACAGUCCUGCAAGCACAUACAUCACUGUGUCUGGUCAAGAGGUGAGUCAGACAAUUGAGCAGGCCAUCAGUGGAGAUUUCAUGGGUAGACUGAUCGUACAGCCCACUGGCUCUGGAGAGGAAACCAUGAUCUAUAUGACGCUGCCCUUGACUGCCACACACUACUUAGAUACCACCAAGCAGUGGGAAGCAGUUGGCCUGCAACGACAUAGCGAAGCUGUCCAACACAUUCAAACAGGAUACGCACGAGAGCUUACGUACCGUAAAGCUGAUGGUUCCUAUGCUGCAUGGGUAGACAGACCCAGCAGCACCUGGUUGACAGCUUACGUUGCCAAAGUCUUUGCUCUGGCCAGUAACUUCAUUAGUGUAGACGAAAAUGUUCUCUGCAGUGCCCUGAAGUGGCUGAUUCUGAAUGCACAGAUGCCUGAUGGCACAUUUAAAGAAAAUGCUCCAGUGAUUCAUGCAGAGAUGGUCGGUGAUGUACGAGGCAAAGAUUCUGAUGCAUCUCUGACAGCAUUUGUCCUGAUUGCCCUGCAAGAAGAAAACCACCUCUGUGCCAAAUUAGUCAGUAGUCUUCCGGAAGCUUCCAGAAAGGCCACUGAAUAUUUGGAGCGAAGACUCCCCUCACUGACAAAUCCAUAUGCGAUAGCUAUGACUUCCUAUGCCUUGGCCAAUGCUGGCAAAUUGGACAAAGCCCGUCUCCUGAAAGCUUCCUCUGGAGAUGGAGCUUAUUGGCAAGUUGCUGAAGAGCAUCGCUUCACUCUAGAGGCAACAGCGUAUGCCUUACUGGCUCUGGUAAAAGUAAAGGAUUUUGAUGCGGCAGGAAAAGCAGUUCACUGGCUUAAUAGGCAGAGUAGUCCAUAUGGAGGUAGUGGCACUACACAGUCAACCAUCAUGGUGUUCCAAGCAGUGGCUGAGUACUAUAAGCAAGUAAGAGAUCGUCAGAAUGUUGACUUGGUUGUGGAACUGAGUGUGAGUGGACGAAGUCGCCCCAUCUUAUGGAAGUUCGGCAAGAGCAAUGCACAUCUAACACGCACAGACAAGGUUCAGCUCAAGCAAGAGUUUAAUGUUACUGCUAAAGGAUCUGGUGCUGGAGUUCUCAAAGUGUAUACACUUUACUAUGCAAGACCCAUAGAAAAGAAGAGUGACUGCACAAAGUAUGAUCUAUCUGUUCAAAUGAAAAGGGAACGAGGUGUAUCAAACUCAGAUGCUGAAGAAAUUUAUGAGGUUAUCAUUGACCUUCUGUUUAAGGAUGAAAACAGAGAUGCCACCAUGACUGUUUUGGAUAUUGGCUUACUGACAGGAUUUGUAGUGGAUGAAAAUGACCUUACAGAUCUAACCAGUGGAAGAGAUAAAUACAUUCAGAAGUUUGAGAUGGAUAAGCAGCUUUCAAAACGAGGCUCCCUCAUCAUUUAUUUAGAUAAGGUAUCACACACUAUUGCAGACCGGGUUGUUUUUAGAGUGCACAAGAUAACCAAUGUAGCUUUGCUCCAACCUGCUGGUGUCACCGUGUAUGAGUAUUAUUCUCCAGGGGAACGCUGUGUGAAGUUCUACCAUCCUGGAAAGAAAGAUGGAGCCCUAAACAGAUUGUGCAGUGACCAGGAGGGUCUGUGUCAGUGUGCUGAAGAAAACUGCAGUAUCCAGAAGAAAGAGAAAAUUGAUGAGAAAGAGCGUGAGAAGAAAGCUUGUGAUGUCGGCAUGGAUUAUGUUUACAAAGUCAAAGUUCUGAAUCUGGAUCUGAGCCCAAACACAGAUUUCUAUGAAAUGAAGAUUGAAAAGGUCCUUAAAAAAGGUUCUGACCAAGAUAUACAUGACAAACUGAGGAGCUUCAUGGGUCAUGCUAACUGCAGGGAGUCUUUUGGAUUUGAACAAGGCAAGAGUUACCUCAUCAUGGGCCGGAGCAUUGACCUACCAAGGAUAGACGGAAAGUUGCAGUACAUCUUGGGUGAGCAGACAUGGAUUGAAUACUGGCCAACAGAGCAGGAAGGACAAACCCAAAAAUACAAAGACACCUACAUUGGCAUCAACUCAUUGGCUCAAAUGCUUACCGAAUUUAGAUGCACUACAUAGGCAUGUACAGAUGUGGCCAUUAGGAAUGCACCUUUUUUUUCCGCAAGAUGCCGCGAUUUGGCGCGUGGCAUGCCGCCGAUUGCCGCAAGCAACUUCGGGAAUUUAAAUAAAUGUGUUGUGCUUCACUGAAUAUCCACCAGAUGGCGCAUGGAAGGACUUUAUCUUAAAGUACAACGAUGUAAUGUAUAAUUAGUUACCCUAAAACAAUUUUGUUUUUUUUAAUGCUGAAGCAAACAUGAAUUUUAUUUUGUUUUACAACAGAUCUCUUAUAAUGAAUGUGUGUAUAUGUGCUUCAUAUUAUUUUCAUAAUGAUGAAAUGAGAUGCACAAAUUUGUGCUUUGAAAUUCAUAGUAAGUUUUUUAUAUUUUAUGUCUUAACAGGGACAAAACAAUGAAAGACAUGGCAAUGCCUCAGUUUAAAUAUUCUUGAAAUUAAUUUAAUUUCCUGAUAGUUAGCUAUCUGAUAGUGCUAACUAUGCAAAUGUCCUGAUUCGUGAAUAUGCCAACAGACAUGACAGACAUGA